AUGAACGAGGAGAAACGGGGAGAUGCCGGGAACAGCACUUAUAUGCUACAAACAGCGAGCAGAAACGAGACGCGUUACGAAUACCAGCGCAUCCGCUCAAACAAACUGGAUGAGGGAUCCGGGCUAUACCUCCGAGGACAAAGGCAAAUAAUGAGCGAGAAGUCGACAGCGAAAGACGAAUAG